AUGUGGCAGGACGCUUCAAUUGGUUGUCUGUUGCCUUCAUCGAACAAUGUGCGUCUGCAGUCACAAGAGGAAAUCAAGAAGAAGCUUCAGCAAAUGCGUCAGCAAAUUUCAUCUUCCAGCCGUCUGCAGACACUGAAGACGGAAAUUGACGCUGCCACCAAGGACCUUAACCUGGCAGCUGAUAAUGCUUUGCUGAGGGCUAAUGAUCAUCUCACUCUUAUUAAAAAACAGGAAACUGUCACCCUCGAGAAAGCUGCACGCAAAUUAUUUGAAUGCUGGGAGGAAUUCAAACAGCUGGAACAAGACUCGGCACAUAUUCGUGGAUGUGGGAAAUUGGCGAUUCUUCUCAAAUACAGACAAAGAGCGAGGGCUCUCAUUGAAGGAGUAAAAGGAAUCGAAAACCUCACCGAUGGCUUCGCAUCACCCCUUCGGCUGAUGUCGGUGUCUACUGUAUUUAAGAUGUUGUCGGCAAGACUCGAGUCAACCCGUCUGGUCUACGUCGACUCAAUCAAUAACAAUGCGGAUGUUGUUGAUGAUGAUUGGCGCAGUGAUGCUUUGGCGUCAGUUUCAAGUCAGAAGAGCAAAGAUGGGGGGCUGUGUCAAAAGGAAGCCGCUUGCCAACAAGUUACUGGGUCUGCCUAUUGCUCGAGAGCUGAGAGUUUUCGCCCGGCUUUUCCAGCAACGAUCCCAAAAAUGGGUCCCACGAUUGCCCAGACACCGCCUAGCUUCACGCCACCUCUUAUGCCUCCACCUCCACGUGACCCUCAGACAUUCCCGGCUGCAGUUCCAAGUAUACAACUGACGACUGAACAGAAACGGCCUUGCUUGUUGACCCCUUAUGUACCUCCACCUCCUCCAACUCCUCCCCCACUAUUUCCCGCUACUGUUCCUGGAAGUGCAUCAACGGCUGCUCAGAUACCACUUACACCAUUAGCAACUCCGUCUACACGCAACACAACUGGCCUAUCAUCCCAGAGUAGUGGUACGGGUAUCGGAUACCGCGUGUUCUUCAUGGGCAUGAAAGCCAACGUAACAAAGCCCGAUUUACGAGAAGCCUUCUCUGUGUUUGGACACGUUGGUGAGAUCCGGCGAUUUCUCCUACCGGAUGGAGUGCACACCAAUGGGCAGGGUUUCGUAACCCUCGACUCGUUGUCUGCAGCCAAUUCGGCGUUGGCAGCUUCACCUAUUUCCAUCCGCACCUCUCGAAUUAUAGUGGUACGCUUGGAAAUGCUAAAAGAACCAACCCAUCUGGUCUACGCUACCACCAUCCCUGCCCACUCAGAUUUCGUUGAUGAAGACUGGCGCUGGGAUGCGUCGGGGCCAUUUUCAGUUGAGAAGAGCGACGAUACGGCGCCAUGGUCAGAAGAAGCUGCUGACAACCAAACUGCUGAUUUGGCAGGGUGGUUGAAAAAAACGAGUGCUACAGCCAAAGAGAAGCACGGUGUCGACGCAUCACUGCAUUGUGGUGGCGUUGAUCCGGGAUACCGCGUGUUCUUCACUGGCAUGAAAGCCAACGUAACAGAGCCCGAUUUACGAAAAGCCUUCUCUCUAUUUGGACACGUUGGUGAGAUUCAGCGAUUUCUUCUACCAGAUGGAGUACACAGGAGUGGGGAGGGUUUCGUAACCCUCGACUCGUUGUCUGCAGCUAAUUUAGCGUUGGUAGCUCCACCUAUUUGCAUUGGCACCUCUCGAAUUAAGGUGUUACGCAUGGAAAAGUCAAGUAAUCCGUUUGGACCCAGUAUUCCGGACGGAACGUCAAGAAAGUUGCACUACGUCAAAAUUGAUGGCGCGAGGACGGACAUCUCUCUGUUUGACCUCUUCUUCGCAUUUAUUCAGUUCGGGCGCAUUGUUCAUAUUCACCACCAAUCCAUUGCUGACUUGCAGUCAACAAGUGAAGGCGACUACGUGGCCUUCGACUCGUGCGAUUCCUCUUCAGCUGCUCUUGCUGCGGCUCCAAUUAAGGUUAAAUCCUCGACCCUCACUCUGACAAUGCAAAGUCCCGCCCGACUCCCUUGGUCCAGGCAGUGCUACCGCGUUUUGUUUAGUGGUUUUCGCAAAAAAACGUCUUCCCAUCAGUUGCUCGAACAUUUCGGCCAGUAUGGAUCGGUCGCAAAAGUUGCAAGACACGCUAGUGGCAACGUACGGAUCGACUUCACUGACAUAACCAGUGCCAUCGUUGCGAGCUUGGACAAAGUUCAUGAAGUCGGCGCCUCUGAAUUACACCCAGUGUAUGUGAAGUUGCCAUUCCUCAGCUGCAGUGGUUUGGCAGUGGAUGACUGUAACGCCCAGCUGGGAGCUAUCUUUACUCUAGGUGACCCAGGCCAAUUCACCGCGGUCAUUGUAGUUAUGGGUGAUCUCAACGUUUUACUAAGCUAG